AUGGGGCUUACCUAUUCGCGGAUCAAUUUCCCCGAAAUGCCCCUUAAUAUCCAGGUCGAUUAUAGCAGAUCCGUUUAUGAUACAUUCUUCGAGGUAGUAGUGAAAGUACCACACAAAUACGGACUUCACUUAUUGCCAGAGCCAAGGCAUGUUGGGCCGAUGGACGAAGAAGCAUGGAAAGGGGAUAUGAGGGCGAGGGCGGAUGAGAUAUUGAGGGCGACGACGAAGGAACUGCUGGAAGUGUUAUUAGACCUGGGAAUAAGCAUGGGACUUAACAAAGUAACAGCUCAAAGUAAGCUGCUUUAUUUUUCGCAAGAGCACAAAGCUAAUAGGAAUAGAUGCUAUAGAGUUAGCACAUAA